CGUGCUCGUAGCAGAGUUACGUUUGGGAAGUUUGCUGUUUCUGCUCUAAUAUUCGGCGACAUGGGGGUCCACGACAAUGCAGAUUCGAAGUACAAUGUUAUGGGAGCUUCGAGCUUUUCGAAAUUAGCACCUAAACGUCCUACUACCGUCGUGUUUAACGAUACUCCAAGCAAAAUCCAGAAACACGAGGAUGGUCAACAAAACGUUCCGAUAGAAAACGUGGACAAAGGAAGUAUUAGUUUACAACAACAAAGGAAAUCUUUACCAGUCUACAGGCUUCGGAAGCGGCUGCUCGAGGAGAUUCGCAGGAACAGCACGCUGAUCAUCAUCGGCGAAACGGGCAGCGGCAAGACCACGCAAAUUCCCCAGUUGCUUCUCUCUUCCGGUGUAGCGGGCACUUCCGGUUGCAUUGGUAUCACACAACCUCGAAGGGUGGCCGCGGUAAGCGUGGCACGCAGAGUGGCGCAAGAACAGGGGGUCGAAACCGGCAAAUUGGUCGGUUAUUGCGUACGUUUCGAGGACGUGACCUCUUCACAAACGAGAAUCAAAUAUCUGACCGAUGGAAUGAUGGUUCGCGAAGCGAUGACCGACGAGAUUCUGUCGGAUUAUUCGGUGGUUAUUCUCGACGAGGCUCACGAGAGAUCGGUGCAAACGGACGUCCUGCUCGGUGUUGUUAGACGGGCGCAGAAUUUACGAAAGCUGAAGAAUCUUCCGCUGUUGAAGUUGCUGGUGAUGUCGGCCACGAUGGACGUCGAUAAGUUCACCAAGUAUUUCCAAGCACCGGCUGUCUACUUAGAGGGUCGCCAGCAUCCGGUGAAGAUUUAUCACGCCGUCAAGACGCAGGAAGAUUACGCGUUCUCCGCUCUUGUUACCGCUUUCCAGAUUCAUCGCGACAACCCUGCCAACGAGGAUAUUCUGGUCUUCUUAACCGGCCAGGAAGAAAUAGAAGCUGCUGUAGUGAGCGCUAGGCAAGUAGCUAAACAACUGGACGGACAGGGCUAUCCACCGUUGAAGGUUUUUCCAUUGUAUUCAGCUUUACCGACGCAUCAGCAACUGGAGGCAUUUAAACCAUCCCCCCCUGGUAUGCGGAAGCUCAUUUUGUCGACGAACGUGGCGGAAACCUCCGUCACAAUUGGCGGAAUUCGACAUGUGAUCGACACCGGGGUGGUCAAAGCGAGAACUCAUCACCCGACCACCGGAUUGGAUGUACUCAGGGUGGAAAAAGUCUCAAAGGCACAGGCCUGGCAGAGGACAGGCAGAGCUGGCCGAGAAGCGGCCGGCAAAUGUUACAGAAUCUACACCAAGGAGGAUUUCGAGAGGAUGAUGGAGAUGCCGGUGCCUGAGAUACAAAGGUGUUCCCUCGCGGGAGUAGCCCUCCAGCUGCUUGCUAUCGGAGUUGAUAUCACCACCUUUGAUUUUAUGGACAAACCGCCGAAGGAGGCUGUCGACGUAGCGGUGACCUGCUUGGAGAAGCUCGGCGCUGUUAAAGGUUCUCCGCCACAGCUGACUACACUCGGCAGAACUAUGUCCUUAUUCCCGUUGGAUCCACGAUUCACCAAGGUGAUACUUGCGUCGGUGGAGCAUCAGUGUCUCGAGGAAGCUCUCACUGUUGUCGCUUUACUGUCAGGAGAGUCCGUUUUCACGGAUCCACCAGCUAAAAGGCAGCAAGCUUACGCUGCUAGAUCAAGAUUCGCCUCACCCGAGGGAGACCACGUCACGUUGCUGAACGUUUUUCGCGCGUACACGAACAUGAAGCAGAAGAAGGUCUGGUGUCACGAGAACUUUCUGCAUCACAGGAAUCUGGAGUACGCCGCGGAGGUGCGACAGCAGCUCGCCGCAUUGGCGGAACGUGCGAAUUUAGAGAAGGCUAGCUGCGGUGCGAAUACCGAGCAACUCAGGAAAGCCCUACUCGAGGGUCUCUACGAUAAUCUCGCUGAAUUGCAGAGGGAUCAGGCUUACGUCACCGUGAGCUCGAAGCAGCCGGUCGCUAUACAUCCUUCGUCGACGUUACACAGCAGCAAGCCACCGUUAAUAUUGUUCACGGAGGUCGUAGCCACCGGAAGAUGUUAUCUUCGCGGUUUGUCUGUCAUCGAGUCCUCGUGGUUGACUGAAAAAGGACCGAAUAUCGGGAAACACGACUGA